CAAUGACAGCUGUCGUUGAUUCACUGAGAAAAAUACAGCAGUGAUUUCUGUUCGCGUUUUUCUAUUUCAAUUACGAUUGUCCAGUUAAUUAGACCUGAGGGCUAAAAUAGAGGUGAUGAUAAGUGGAAUAUGUCGACGAUAAUGCCCUCGGCUUUAGAGCAGUUUGUAAAUAAUGUCCAGACACUUUCGACCCAGGGAAAUUUCCGAGAGUUGUGCGAUGUCAUCGGCAAAUCCACUGAGGUGCUUAUGAAAAAUGGCCUACAUCUGGACAAUGUCCUGGAGACCCUGGACCUUCAGCAACACUCCCUGGGAAUUUUGGCAGUUCUCUGUGUGAAAUUUUCACUACCAAAUCCAUCUGGGGCAAGCAAUGCUGACACUUAUAAAAUAAUGUUCAAUCGCGUGCACGAUUUCAUCGCUGGAUGCAAUGGGGAACAAGUGAGAUUUGCUCCUGAGACAUAUGCAGAACUCUGUCACCUUCUAACUCAAGCAAUGAUAGAGGUGGCAUGGCCAAUAGGAGGUAUCGAUCUUCUUCGUCGGGCAAUCCGUAAGAUUCAGCUCUUCGACAGCCAAUUGACCUCCAUUCACGCCGAUCUCUGUCAGCUCUGUCUCCUCUCCAAGUGUUUUAAGCCAGCCCUCGAAUUUCUCGACACAGAUAUAACGAAUAUCAGCCAAGAAGGUGGACAAUUCGACUCCAAGUACUUCCUCUUGUAUUACUACUACGGUGGAAUGAUAUACACAGCUGUGAAAAAUUACGACAGGGCCCUGUACUUCUUCGAGGUAUGCGUGACACUCCCAGCGAUGGCUGUCAGUCACAUUAUGCUGGAGGCGUACAAAAAAUUUAUCCUCGUCUCCCUGAUACUGCAUGGAAAAAUCAUUAAUAUACCAAAGUACGCGAGUCCCGUGCUGAUCAGGUUCAUCAGGCCACUCAGUCAGCCUUAUCAGGAGCUCGCUGCGGCUUAUCAAACGCACAGCUGUGACGAGGUUCAGGGAAUCAUCACUAAGUACCAGGAAUUAUUCGCUAGGGAUCACAAUCUUGGAAUGGUCAAGCAGGUGCUGGGGUUUUUGUACAAGAAAAACAUUCAGAGACUCACCAAAACAUUUUUAACACUCAGUCUCAGUGAUGUCGCCAGUCGGGUGCAAUUGGCUGGACCUGCUGAUGCUGAGAAAUAUAUCCUCAACAUGAUUGAAGAUGGGGAAAUCUUCGCGACCAUUAAUCAGAAAGACGGUAUGGUAGUAUUCCAUGAUGACCCUGAAAAAUACAAUUCACCUCGAAUGCUCGCUCGUCUUGAAAAACAAAUGGCAGCUUGUGCAGAACUUGAUAAACGUGUUCUCGAGAUGGAGGAGGAAGUAACUGUGAUGCCUCAAUAUGUGCGUAAGGUAUGUGGUCAGAGUGAUCAGGACGACUCAACCUCAGGUCAACCAUCUAGCAACGCCACCAAUGCCCAGAGCCAGCCCAAAAUCAACACUUAUUCCAUGUAACACCAAUGUGUUACGGAUUAUUCGUUUUCAUUUGCGUUACAAACGAGUACAGAGACACAUGAAUUCACAAUUAAACUACGUUUUCGGUAGUAUCUCGCAUGGUUUUUCUACGUGCAACUCUGAUUUAUGUGAAUUGCUGUCAAUAUUUAAAAAAUCAGUUUUUCAAUCAGAAACAAGUGCUGCAUAUAAAAUUAUUACAAAUCUGAUGAAUGAAAUUGGAGUAAAAAUA